AUGGCCGAAGCGCGCAAGCGCAAAAAGGUGCCGCGGUACGAUGAGUACGGCAACUACCUCGGUGACUUUGCCGACGAGCCGGAAAUCAAGGCGACCGAGGUCGCGAAGAGGGAGCCGGAAGUGAAAGCGGCGGCGCCGGCUGCGCGCGCAGUGCCGCCGCCGGUCCUGCGCAUUCCGGCUGCUGUGCGUCGUGCGCCGACAGGGCCGGUAUUUCGCUGCAAUAUGGACACGACGCUGCUGGAAAAGAGCACAUGUCCUUUCACGGCGAGCUCAGAGAUCGAGCUUAUGCUGCACCGCGCCGACCGCCAUCUCGUGUACCCUCCAGGGGGGAUCGACGAGCUCCGGAAGAAGGAUCCGAUGCGCGCAGCCGAGGAGCGCGAGCGCCUCGCACGGCUGCGCAAGGGUGGCGUACGUGCCGCAGACGGACCACCGGACUCGACGAUCAUGGGGCUCAAUAUUCGCUUGGAUACACCGGAGCUCGUUUCCGAGUGGAUCAAGCAGCGCAAAAAGCGGUUUCCGACCGCGGCGGUCGUGCAAGAAAAAGAGGCACUCAGGCAGCGUGGGCGCUUGACGAUUGCAGACAAGGAGAAGAAUGCGAGGGAGAAGGCGGAAAUGGAGAGAAAAGAGGCAAAAGAGGAAGGAGAUACAGAAGAAACCAAAGCAACAGAGGACAAAGACGACAAAGACGACGAGAACGACGAGGACGACGAGGACGACGAAGACGACGAGGGAUCUUCGUCGGAAGAGAGCACAGACUCUUCUUCCUCCGACAUGGACCCUGAACGCGACGCCAUCUCGAGCAAGAUACCUGUACCCGAGCGCCCGACAGAUGCGCCGCGCCUCUGCCGUUUCUACCUCCAGGGCACCUGCACCUUUGGCGAGCAGUGCCGACACGCGCACGGCGAUGCGCCCCAAAAAGUGCGCCGCAUCGCACCUCGUCCCCCCCCAUCCAACCCGUUCCAGGCUCCCGAGCUGCUGCGGAGCCUGUUGGAGAAUGAAAUCGCGCAGCAUGUCGACGCACUCGGACAAGUCAUCCGUUUUGUGCUAGACAACGACAUGCUCUUCCCUGUCGAGCGCGUGCCCGGCCAGGCGGCCGAGCAGGCUCAGCGGCGCCAAAAGAUUGUACCGCUGCAUGGCGCCCCCCGCGGCCGCCCUCCGUCGCCGACGCUGCGUGCGCUCGUCGACCUCGUGUGGCCGCCUGAGCCUGAUCCGCUCGUGUACCACGACCCCCUGCGUCGCGCGGACCCCAAGCCGCUGCGCCCCAGCGAGCUCGAAGCGAUCGCGAAAGAUGACAAGCUGCGCACGAUUCUUGCGCCGUGCACGCCACUGCACCCCCAUGGCCACGUCAACGAGUCGUUGCGGAGUGCGCUGCAGUCGUGGGACGCGCUGCCCACCGACCGGCACCGUGCCGCGGCGCUGCAGCUGAUCCUCGGCGUCGGCACGCAGAGCCCGAUGUACGCCCACGACGCGUAUACGCCGCCCGGCCAGCGUGCGCGUCCUGUUGCCGUCCAUACCCGCCAGCGGCCGAUUACCGAGGCCGAGCUGUUGCGCUGUGGUCUGCGUGUCGGCCCCGACGAGGUCCGGCUGAUCCAGCACAUGGCCGAGGUUGUGAGUGCUGCAACGAGUGGCGCCGAAUUUACCCUAUAG